AUGGUUGGGAUUUCCUCACUGAACUAUCCUCGAGGUCUCCCUCAACAAAAGCCAAAGGCAGUCCGCAGGGUACAUUCAUCGCCGUCGUUACCAUGUGAGCCAGCCUCGUCGGACGAGUCUGCUCCAGAGGAUUCGAUAUACAAUGCCGAACCCGUCCGUUCGCGUGAGAAUCUCCCAUGGACAGCAGCGAUAGACCCGUCUGAGUUGCAGGAUCUGCCGGCACCCAUGAGCCUGGCUUCGUCGUCUCGGAUCCCUCUCGGCAGUCACUCUACGUCGCACAGCAACUGGCCAACCCCACAGCUCAACCCGAUCGUCGAAUACAGGACGUCGCUCAAUUCAGUUCCUCAUGGCAGAUCCCCUUCGGCUCGCAAGAGCAAGCAGGCUUCGCUCGAGGCAUACCGUUGUCGCUCUUUUUCGGUCAAUGAUCUAGACUGCAUCCCGAGACAGGACAUCGCACUACGCAAUUCUACCAACUCCACUUGCUCAGAAGAAAGCCUCCAUAGAAGAGGUGGCUGGUGUUCGGCGUUUCCCAUCAAACCUCCAGUGUCACCUCCGGCCAGAGUUUCAACGCCUCCAGGGUUGCCACAAUUUGGCACCGAGGAGGCGACCUUCCUCCGGCUGGAACAGCAGCAGUCGACGGGCAGACUGUCAUUCUGGAAUCGCAUUUGGAGACGUACUUCGGAGGGCAGCGAUGAGCAAGCUGUCGGAAGCCUCAACUCUGAAGGCUCUCCAAGGAUGUCGCCACGGAACCCAUCCCGUGGGCGUUCCAAUUCAGUCGAGCUCUUUGAGCGAACUUUGGCGGCAAUCGGUAUGGCGACCAUUGUCGAACCUCCGCGUGCCGCCCCUUCGGGGUCUCGGGCAUCUCUGCCUCGUGGAGUUUACAGGGCCAACAUCCCUGGACCACUCGCACGAGCCGAUGACGGGACAUUGGUGAGAGGGAGGUUUGGACCUCGUGCCAGCGGCCAUGGUAUCGGUUCCCGUCAUCUUGAAUUGCACCCCUUGGGUCGGUUGAAUGAGUCCAGCGCGAUCCAGGAGGCGAUCAGGGAGAUAGACAAGGCCUGCGAAAGGAACGAUCUGGAAACCGCCAUGCUUCAGAGUGGCGUUGCAGGAGGAUCACAUAUGACGGUGGCAAGGGAUGCGUGGGCCAGUAACCAAACCCCAAAUCCGCCCGUGCGCAAUCUUCAUCUGACGAGUGAAACCGAGGUUGGACUUCCCUUGACUUCCCCAUUCCUGGGCGGCAAUUCGACCACAAACCGUCCAAGAACCGCUGGUAAUCGCGCACAUGCAGAAGUUCCGCUGUUUUCUCUGCUCAGCGUCGACAGUGCCACGGGCGGUCCGCGCAGUGCAAGUAUCGUCGGAGUCCACGAGGGCGGCUGGACAAGGGGCAAAGGGCGAGCGUGCAAGAACGCGUGGCGGCGGACGUGGCAGGCGGUCAAAGACUGCUGGGCUCGCUGCUGGCGGGCCGUUUGGGGGAAUUGCCGGGAGCGGACGCGAGCUUACCAGGGCUCGACAGCAGAGGAGGUAUGGGUGUCUUAG